UCGUCAUCUUUACGCGCACUCUGCGCGGGCACUGCGGCCGGCGACAGCUUUUAGGGCUAUGGCGGCGGUGGAUAUCCGAGACAAUCUGCUGGGAAUCUCUUGGGUUGACAGUUCAUGGAUCCCCAUCUUGAACAGUGGAAGUGUCCUCGAUUACUUUUCAGAAAGAAGUAACCCUUUUUAUGACAGGACAUGUAAUAAUGAAGUGGUCAAGAUGCAGAGGCUAACGUUAGAACACUUAAAUCAGAUGAUUGGAGUAGAAUACAUCCUUUUACAUGCUCAAGAACCUAUUCUUUUUAUCAUUCGGAAACAACAGCGGCAGUCUCCCACACAAGGGUUGUGGAUGACUCCACUACUGCAGAAGUCUGGAGAAAAGCCUGUUCCAGUGGAUCAAACAAAGAAAGAGCCAGAACCUGUACCAGAAACUGUCAAGCCUGAGGAGAAGGAGACCGCAAAGAAUGCCCAACAGACAGGCACUAAAGGCCCCCCUGAAAAACGAAUGCGGCUUCAGUGAGAAUUGCUCAGGAGAAGCCUGCAGGACUGCUUUGCCAUUACCAUACCUCGUUACUGUGACAGGCUCUUGAACAUCCAAAUUCUUUGUCACAACUCUGCCCUCUUUAAGAAAGCUGUGCAAGAACCCUCAUGUCCCCAGAUUUUAAAAAAAAUGAAUAAUAACAUUUUUAUGUUUCUUUUGUAAACUUUCCCCUUCUGGACUUGACAGCAACCUCCUUAUUCACAUAUGUUCUAUAUAUAUAUUUUAAAAAUAAAGCUAUCGGUAUAAAUUG